CCCUCGGGGCGGGCCCUGUGGUUGCUGCGGGGCGCGGCCGGGCCGGGCGGGGCAGGGGCGAGCAGAAGAUGGCGUAUCCCGGGCAGCCUGCGCCCGGCGGCGGCUUCUACCAGGGAGGGUAUGGCGGAGCCCCAGGAGGACCAGCAUUCCCUGGACAAGCUCAGGAUCCUUUGUAUGGUUAUUUUUCUGCUGUAGCAGGGCAGGAUGGACAAAUAGAUGCUGAUGAGCUACAGAGAUGUCUCACCCAGUCAGGGAUUGCAGGAGCGUAUAAACCUUUCAACGUAGAGACUUGCAGGCUCAUGAUCUCAAUGCUGGAUAGGGAUAUGUCUGGCACACUGGGAUUUAAUGAAUUUAAAGAACUGUGGGCUGUGGUCAAUGGCUGGAAGCAACACUUCGUAAGUUUUGACAGCGAUAGAAGUGGCACAGUGGAUCGUGAAGAACUGGAGAAAGCUUUGACAAAUAUGGGAUUUAGAUUGAGCCCGCAGGCAGUGACCGCAAUCACAAGGCGAUACAGCACUCGUGGAAAGAUUACAUUUGACGAUUACAUUGCCUGCUGUGUGAAGCUCAGAGCUCUUACCGAAUGUUUUAGAAGAAGGGAUGUGUCUCAGCAGGGUUUUGUGAAUUUCCAGUAUGAUGACUUCAUACAGUGUGUUAUGAGCAUCUAAAUCAAAAAGGAAGUUGUGGCUGAUCACGAUUAUCAUUCCAGUUUGUGUUUUGCUUUGCCAAACGUUUCCAUGAUUGUGUAUCUCAAUAUCGGAAAUGGAAUAUUUUAUGAAGGUAUUGCUUUACGCACUUUUUUAGUUUUGAUAAUGAAUAUCAAGUAAUCAUGUACUGUCAUCUUUAACUUUCACCCUGUAAUUAUUAAAGAUUUUUUUUAUUUUCAUAAAAUUGUAAGGCACUGUGUAUAAUAACCACCAUUAUGGAGAUAAUGAGUUUUUCUGUAAUGAGUUUACUUCUUUCCUAUAAUUCAAUAAAAAAAGUUCCUGGAGUGUAA